AAAUUAUUAACAGCCAUGCUUACCUCAAUUCUCACUGCACAAAGCAAACAAGAAGCUAAUUUGGUGAAGAAAGAGAAUGAACUUGAGUAUAUGAUUGAAACUGCAGGGUACUGUGCAUUGGAGUGACUUAAGAAAGGAGAUGUGCUAUCGGAAGCAGAGAAGGAAUGUACGAGAAUUUGUGCACAGAAGAGUUUUGUUGCAUCGAAAAUCAUGUUUACAAAUUUAGCAGCUCAAUUGAACAAAUAA